ACGAACAGAACGUACGUAGGCCUUCGCACAGGCGACAAAUAACACCACAAUGGCGACGGCAGGCACAUCCCUGGGGUUUCUGCUCCUCACCGGUAGCUCCAUCAUGGCGAUCAGCAGGUCACGUGGAGACACCGCCGCGAUAUCCUUCGUCGUCGCGUCCUACGCCAGCCUCGUCCUGCUGUUCUACUCCCUGCGCCGGUUCGAGACGGCGGCGCCCGCCUCGGCGGCCAGGGACCGGGCGAGGGUUGGUGUCUGGCUCACGACGACGCUGCUCACGGCGAUGUUCUCGUGGAGCGUCGCCGCGCUCAUGCCGUGGCUCGUGGCCGCCGGUGUCUGGUUGAUGGCCGCGUCCACGGUUGUCGGGGGCUUCUACGCUCUGUUCCUUCGUCCUAGGGGAGAGGCUGAAGAUUGAAACUAACUAUAACUAUCGAUUGCUUUAUAUUUAUGAUUGUUGUAAAUACUAUUUCUGGAUUUGCUUUUAAAUUUAGUAAAGCUAAUGCAAAUAUAUUUUAUCUUAA